UUGAGGGGGAGAAUUAUAUUAACCUUUAAAAUUAAUGUUCCUCUUUCUUUCAAUAGAGAUAAUCAUAAGAAAUGAAUUUUAAUGUCUGGAAUAUCAAAGAUAUGCUCAGUAUUCCCUCAGGCUCUGGUACCACUAAGUCAUCAAACUGGACCAAUAAUCAGGCUGAUUACUCCGGCCUCAGUGAUUCUCAGUUCCUCUUUGGGUCCCAGUUCUGUCCAGAAAGUUCAGAGGCCCUGUCAGCACCGUUGGACUUUGGUGUCCAUUUGAAAGAUCCAAAACAGUUACAAAAGAAUUCUCUGGACAGUGAACCUAGUCUUUUCGCAAAGUACCAAACAAAACCCCAGCUGUUUGGAGAAGAUACUAAAGAUGGAAGCUUAUUUCCUCUUCCUUUGUCUGUUGGAAAAUCAAAAGGCCUCUUGGAACAGUUUGAGGAGAAAAAGAAAAGAGCAAAAGACAAAUGUGACAGUGAGAAUCUCUACAACUUCAUUUCCCAUGUGCGAGAAAGCAUUCACAAGUUGCAGACAUCUGUGGAAAAGUCUGAGGAACAUCUCAGUUCAAGAAGCCAGUCUAUUCUGGAUUCUUUGGAGACUGUGGCCAGGACACUGCAAGAGACUGCGCGGGCCCAGAGUGAUCUGGUGUUGGAAACAGUGCAGGACAAAGGCAACAUGGAGCAGGCUAUCCUUGAGAUGCAGAAGAGAUUUGACACAAGACAAGCAGAGUUUAUAGAAGUGAAGUCCAACCUGAAGCACCUUGAAGUUGUAGUUGCCCAGCAGAGUAAGGACUUCCAGCAGCUCUGUGAGCAGCUCGGCCAGCUGAAUGUGCCCGGUGUCCUAGCGGAGCUGAAGAGUUUGAUCUCCGUGCCUCGGGCACCCGCGCAUGUGACGGACAGCACUUCCCAGACCUCACCACCGCUGGCCCCGAGCCUCGCGCAUGUGAUGGACAGCACUUCCCAGACCUCACCACCGCUGGCCCAGAGCCUCGAUUUGGCCAGGCAGGACGAAUCUGCCUGUGAGGAACCAGCCGCGGGGCAAGCCCAGGCACUCCCCGCUGCGAGGAGUCUUAGGCUGCGCUCCCUGCGGCCGCGAGGGCAGUUUGGUGUCUGGGGCGAAGGAGCAAAGAGGGCUGCUCUCCGAGAGGAAGCUGUGCUGCUGGCUGUUGGGGGCGGCAAGAGGAACAGGCGAGUCAGGGACAAGGCCGUGCAGACUAACUGCAAGAAUCAGCUUAUUACUAAGAGAAGCUUGGAGAACCGAGAUCCUGGUGUCCGGAACCUGGUUUCCCUAGGAGCCCCGCAGCUGAUCGCCCUGGACUUAAACAACUUUGUAACCAGCAUUGAGAAGGCCCGCCCAGAACAUCAGACCAAAGACAUGGUUUCGCAUGGCCCCUGUGCGCAGAGGCUGGUGACAGAACAGAAGGGCAGAACGGUGGGAGUCGGGAGGAAAGUCAGGCAGGAGCAGCCGCAGCCCAGGAAAGCCCGCAGAGGCAGGCCCCUGGCCAGGAAGCAAGAGCGUACCCCAGGCAAAACCUGUGCUUUCUAUCCCGCAGGUCCCCAGUCUCCAGUUUCUGGCUCACAAAGUUCCGCCCCAGAGCAGCAGGCGCCCCUUGCUCAGCCCCUGCAUCCGUGUGGCCCCAGGAGCCCCACAAAGCCAGUCUGCCCUGUUCUGGAAGGAGCACUCACGCCCAGAAGGACAGCGGGGCUGGCCCGAGGGGCCCCCCUGCAGCUCAGUGGGCACUCUUCCGGAGACAACAGCCAGCUUUCUGACAGCCCCAGGGGGGACCACCAGAUAAGCUGGUUCAGUGACCUCAACCUCGAAAGUUCCACGACCCCUCCGUGCAAGGAGCCAGGGAAGAGUGUGCUCUAUGACCUGGGUUUUGACAGCAGUGAUGAUGGCUUCUGACCAGCUCGCAGUGACUUCAGCCGGUUUGUUGUUCUCAGCUGGAGACAAGUCACAGCACACCAAGGCUGCUGAUGGCAGAACCCCCCAAGCCUGCAUGGGACCCUCGGGGUGGGAAGCCCUGCCAGGGAUGGGGCAGUCUGGCAUCCUGAGUAUCAGUCAGGUGCUGUCCACGACAGGGCACCAGGGACAAGCGCAUCCCUCUUUCCGGAAAUGAGGACA